CGCAGGAAAAGCAAGAGGGGCUUUGGCAAGUGGGGAGGGAGAGGAGAGCUUCUCCCACCCCCAAACCCACUGCCCACCCCCUGAAUCUGCGGGCUCCCCCAGAUUCUCCAGGCAAAUUGGGCUGGUCAACUGAAAAGCAACCAUGGGUGGUGGAAGUUCAGCCCCAGUGGCAAGUCAUGCAUAUGAAGAGGAAGAUUUUGUAGAGUUGGAAAAUGAAAAUAAUGGAUUGAACACGGAGACAGCUACAAUUGACAUUGCCGUCACAGGGGUGAAGGGUGCUGGUAAAUCGUCCCUCAUCAACGCUCUGCGGGGUCUGUCAGAUUUUGAUGAGGGUGCAGCUGAAAUUGAUGUGGGACAUGUCACAGAUGAUCCACAGGGUUAUCCAUUCCCUGUGUUUCCAAAUAUAACAUUAUGGGACCUGCCAGGAACUGGAACACUUGAGUUCAGUGCGGAGAAAUACCUACAAAGGGUAAAUUACAGCCGGUAUGACUUCUUCAUCCUUGUCGCCUCUGAGCGCUUCACCUUGCAUGACUUCGAGCUGUCUUGUGCCAUUCAGGAACUGGGGAAGCAGUUCUACUAUGUGCGCUCCAAAAUAGACACCAGUAUUAAGAACGAAAAAACAAAGCCAGACUUCAAUGAGGAAGCAACCCUUCAAAAAAUCAGGGAUUAUUGCCUGGAUAAUUUGGUGGGGGCUGGUAUUUCUUCUCCAGAGAUUUUCCUCGUCUCCAGUUGGUACUGGGAAAAGUACGAUUUCCCCCUCCUGAAAAAGACCUUGGAGAAUGAAAUUGACGAUCUCAAGAGACGUGCCUUAACAGCAGAAGAGGAGGAACAACAGGAGGAAGACAAAAGGUCAACUGCAGCAUCAGGAAUGACUGGAAUUGGUGCUUUCUUCUCAAAAUACAUCUUAGGGCUGAAGGACGCUAUGGCACAAAGAAGCCUCGAAGAGGUGGCAGACGAAGCUCGUCAAGAAUGGGGUGCAUUGGAAAAUGCCAAGCUCGACAUCGCAAUCACAGGGUUGUCAGGUGUUGGUAAAUCAUCCCUUGUUAACGCGAUGAGGGGCAUGACUGAUUAUGAAGAAGGUGCAGCCCAGACUGGAGUGACGCAGACAACUAUGGAUGUCCAUGGGUAUCCUCAUCCCUCAUUUCCCAAUGUAACUUUGUGGGACCUACCAGGAAUCGGGACACCUGAAUUUACACCAGAGAAUUACCUAGAGAAGGUCAAUUUUAGCCAAUAUGAUUUCUUCAUCAUUGUUGCCGCAGAACGGUUCAGUGAGAACGACGCCCUCCUGGCCCAAGAAAUUAAGAAAAUGCAGAAGAAGUAUUAUUACGUGCGCUCCAAGAUGGAUCUCUGUAUGGAUUCCGAGAGAAGGAGACCCAACUUCAGUGAGGACAAAACCCUUGAGAAGAUAAAGAACUAUUGCUGUGAGAAUCUGAGAGAGGCAGGAGAGCCUUCUCCAAGGGUUUUCCUCGUUUCCAGGUGGCACUUGAAUAUGUACGAUUUCCCUCUCUUGCAAGAGACCUUGGAAAUGGAACUAGACGGUCUCAAGAGGCAUGCAUUCAUUCUGGCUUUGCCAGUUUUCUCAAGAGAAAUCCUGGAAAAGAAGAAGGCUGCUAUGGAGGCCCAUAUAUGGAAAGUAGCCCUUGUGUCUUGUGCUAUUGGGGUAGUUCCUGUCCCAGGACUUUCUUUUGCCUGUGAUCUUAGCAUCUUGGUAGGAGCGCUGCUCGCUAUUUACAAUGCCUUUGGGUUGAAUGAAGAUUCCCUCCACAGAGUUGCAAAACAGGUCGGCAAAGAUUAUGAAGUGUUGAAAUCUGCUAUCAAAAAGUCUCCAAUGUCCAGUGAGAUCACUCCAGAAUUUGUAACCGGUCUCUUGACCAAGCCAUUGGCGUGUGGGACCCUGACGGUGUUAGAGAUGGCCUUUGAUUUUGUACCAGCUUUGGGCUCUCUGGUUGGAGGGGUUAGUUCCUUCGUCACCACAUUCUACGUGCUGAAGAGCUUCCUGAACGACAUCAUGGAAGAUGCUGAGAACGUUCGGGCAAAAGCUGCUGAGCCUUGAGCCUUCUGAAACCAGCAGCUGAGGAUCCAAGACCCUCAUUUGCAAAGUGAGUCCCAGGAACGAAAUGUGUGAAUGAAUGCACAGGAUCACAGUUCGAGCAUGAGAAAGAAAAAUUUGGUUGCUUCCCCCCCUCUUUUAACCAACACCCAAAGAGAACUAUAGAACUGA